CUCCUUAAUAGUGAAGAACGUGUAUCUAAACAAUAUCCAUGUGUUUUACGCUUUUAUUCUGUUUUUACAACAGGAAAAAUAUACAAAAACAUUUUUAUAACAUAAGAAAUGUCUAAUUCUCUCGUACAUAAAAGUCUCGAAUUGUUGGAAUACGAACAAGAAAUAAAGCAAGGAAAAUCCAAGAAAAGGAGUAAAAAUAAGGGAAUAUUAGAUUUAAUUCCUACCAACCAUCGUUUAACCUCUAAACGGAAGAAAUCAAAAACGGAAACUCCAGUAAACCGAUCAAGUAGAUUGAACAUAUACGAAGCUAAAAAACGACUUGAGGCAAAAACUGAUCCGACCGAGGGGAAUAUUAAAAAACUUCUCUUGUUAGGAAACAGCCGUCUCGAUUCUGAAACAGCAGAUAAACUUAUUGAGCGUGCAGUCAAGAAACGCUACAUCCACAAGGAAGAAAAACGCGAAGAGCAAACGACUGUAUUUACCGAAGAAGACUUCAAGAAAUUCGAGCAAGAAUACCUCGCCGAGUGAUUUUAAUACCUCGCCUUUAAAGAUUUCAUUUAU